UUUUCGGGCCCCUCAGGGUCUGGGGACCCUGAUCGGUCCACACUGGUAAUUCAGCCACAGUGGGUGGGCUCUCUGUCAGCUGCAGGUGCCUCCUCUCCACAUUCAAGGUGAACAUGUCAGAGUCAAGAGGUCUCAUUUUCAUUUCUGGAGCAGGUCAUGCCCCGCUGGGCUCUGGGAUGUCAACAAAAAUCAUUCAUUUCAUGGUGAACGGGAGGCUGGAGCAGGCCGAGUUUGGAGCCGACUGCUCUGCUGCAGACGUCAAAGAUCUGUUCCGGGCAGCAGCCGAGGCCGGGCCUCACCACAUCCUGAAGAUGUACAAGACAAACGGCAGCGUGGUGAACAUCUCCCCCCGGCUGGAGGCCAACAGCGAGGAUUCGUACUACAGACUGGAGGUGGUGGCGUCAGAUCUGCAGAGUGUGGCGAUGCCUCCAGAGCUGGACAACAUGGAGUACAGGCUGCGUCAUCUGGAGAGUAAAGUCAUCGAAGACGUGGGAAAGACUUCAGACAUCAUCUGUGAGCUGAAGAGCCAUGUGGAGUCUUUCAAGAGGAAGCUGGAGAGUGUGGAGCACCUGAGCUGGAUGGGUCUGUUCAAAGACGACGGCGACCAGCAGCUCUCCAAGUCCCAGAAACCCAAAACGCCUCAGCUGAGCGUGCAGGAGGAGCGGGAACAAGUCCGCAGGAAGUUCCUCAACAUGAGCUCGCUGCAGGUGACGGAGGAAGUGAGAGAGCUUCUGAAAACUCCACUUUUUGACAACUGGCAGUGGGAGGAGGCGGAGAUGCUGGUGCUCCUCCAGGUGAUGUACACCGACCUGGACUUCCUGACGGCGUUCCACAUCGAGCUGGAGGUCCUGCAGAACUUCCUGUUUGAGGUCUACUGCCACUACAACAGCAUCCCCUUCCACAACUUCCAGCACUGCUUCUGCGUCACACAGAUGAUGUACGGGCUGAUCUGGCUGACAGACCUCAGGAACAAACUCGGAAGAAUCGACCUGCUGAUCAUGUUGACCUCGGCUCUGUGCCACGACCUCGACCACCCCGGCUACAACAACGUCUACCAGAUCAACGCGAGGACUGACUUGGCUCUUCGCUACAACGACAUCUCUCCGCUGGAAAACCACCACUGUGCCGUCGCCUUCGGGAUCCUGUCCAAGCCGGAGUGCAACAUCCUAAAAAACCUGACCAGCGAGCAGUACAAACACAUCCGAGGAGGAAUGAUCAAAUGUAUUCUGGCCACCGACAUGGCGAGACACAACGAAAUCCUCAACAAGUUUAAAGUCAUGCAGCCGGUGUUCGACUUCACCAACAAGGAGCACAAGGAAGUGCUGAUGAAGAUCAUGGUGAAGGUGAGCGACAUCUCCAACGAGGCGAGGCCGAUGGCGGUGGCCGAGCCCUGGCUGGACUGUCUGCUGCAGGAGUUCUUCAACCAGAGCGACACAGAGAAACUCAAAGGGCUUCCUGUGACUCCGUUCAUGGACAGAGACAAAGUGUCCAAACCGUCGUCUCAGACAAACUUCAUCCGGUUCGUUCUGCUGCCGCUCUUCACCGAGCUCACCAAGCUCUUCCCCUGUCUGGAGCAACAUAUCCUGGAGCCGGUGCGCAGAGCCCUGGAGUAUUAUUCUGACAUGGAGAGAGCCAGCAAAGGUGAGGGGGGGAGCACUAAACCAUGAGGAGGAGGAGGAGGAGGAGACCCAGAGAUGUUCAGUCAGUUUAAACAUGAAUUUAUCCCUGACACUGUCAUUUGUAGAGAACUGCAUGCAAAUUAGAAUAAAGACAAAUACAGUGUUUUUCUUUUUAGAUUAUUUCAGAGAAGUUUGGCUGCAACUGAAACAGUGGUAGAUAUUUAAAUAGAGAUUUGUUUCACAGCAUUAAUGUGAGUUGAUCUUACUUCCAUGUUAGUUUAUUUCCAUCUAAUUAGUUUGUUUAGUCUUGUGUUCCACUGUUUCAAUAGUUAAUAGUUUAAAUAUCUAUUUUAAGAAGCUUUAAGAUCGAUCUUAGCUCUGUGUUUUAGUUCAUACACUGUAGAACCUGCUGUUAUUUCCUGUUUGAUGAUUAAUAAAGAUCUGUUUUCUGCUUGGU